GGCGCGGGGCAGGAAGUCCCGUGCGCCUGAGUCAGGGGCGGCCGCCGCCGGGGUGGGCGGCGAUGGCGCUGGAGACCCUGUCCCCGGACUGGGAGUUCGACCGCCUCGACGACGGCUCGCAGAAAAUUCAUGCUGAAGUGCAGUUGAAGAAUUACGGAAAAUUUCUUGAGGAAUAUACAUCUCAGCUGAAGAGAAUUGAAGAUGCUUUGGAUGACUCUGUUGGAGAUGUUUGGGACUUCAGUCUUGAUCCCAUUGCUUUAAAGCUUUUGCCAUAUGAACAGUCCUCCCUACUGGAGCUCAUAAAGACAGAAAACAAGGUUCUAAACAAAGUUAUAACUGUGUAUGCUGCUCUUUGCUGUGAAAUCAAGAAGUUAAAAUAUGAGGCAGAAACUAAAUUUUAUAAUGGCCUCUUGUUUUAUGGAGAAGGAGCCACAGAUUCCAGCAUGGUGGAGGGAGAUUGCCAAAUACAGAUGGGAAGAUUUGUUUCUUUCUUGCAGGAGCUGUCUUGCUUUGUUACCCGAUGUUACGAAGUGGUGGUGAAUGUAGUGCACCAGCUGGCUGUUCUGUAUACCAGCAACAAGAAUGCACCUAAAAUUAUAGAGACAUCUGGAGUUCAUUUUCAGGCAAUGUAUGAGCAUCUAGGAGAGUUGCUCACAAUCUUGAUCACUCUGGAUGAAAUAAUUGAUAAUCAUGCCACACUGAAGGAUCACUGGACCAUGUACAAGAGGCUGCUAAAAUCUGUCCAUCACAACCCUUCUAAGUUUGGGAUUCAAGAAGAUAAACUAAAGCCAUUUGAAAAACUGCUGUUAAAACUGGAAUGCCAGUUACUUGAUGGAAUGAUAUUUCAGGCCUGUAUAGAGCAACAGUUUGAUUCUUUAAAUGGUGGAGUGUCAGUGUCGAAGAAUAGCACAUUCGCUGAAGAAUUUGCUCAUACUCUUCGUACAGCUUUCGCAAACGUCGAAGCCAAACUUGGUGAACCUUCAGAAAUUGACCAGAGAGAUAAAUACGUGGGCAUCUGUGGCCUCUUUGUACUGCAUUUCCAGAUUUUUCGGACUGUAGACAAGAAAUUUUAUAAGUCAUUGUUGGAUGUCUGUAAAAAGGUACCAGCCAUUACAUUAACAGCUAACAUUAUCUGGUUUGCUGACAACUUUCUGAUUCAGAAGAUUCCAGCUGCUGCCAAACUACUGGACAAGAAAAGUAUUCAUACAGUUAAAACACAAAGGGAGAAUUUUCUACAGCAGAGGGCACAGUCACUUACCAAAGAUAUGCAGUCAUAUUAUGUUUUUGUGAGCUCGUGGAUGACAAAAAUGGAAUCUAUCUUGUCUAAGGAGCAACGCACGACAAAGUUUUCUGAAGAUCUUUCUAACCGUUGCAAUGUCUUCAUCCAGGGUUUUCUUUAUGCAUACAGUCUUAGCACCAUCAUUAAAACUACAAUGAAUCUUUACAUGUCAAUGCAAAAACCCAUGACCAAAACCUCAGUAAAAGCCUUGUGCAGACUUGUGGAACUUCUGAAGGCGAUAGAACAUAUGUUUUACCGAAGAAGCAUGGUUGUGGCAGACUCUGUGACACACAUCACUCAGCAUCUGCAGUAUCAGGCUCUUCACUCUAUCUCUGUGGCCAAGAAAAGGGUAAUUUCUGAUAAGAAGUACAGUGAGCAGCGCCUGGAUGUCCUCUCUGCUUUGGUGCUGGCUGAGAACACCCUCAACGGGCCAAGUACAAAACAGAGGCGACUGAUUGUUUCCCUUGCACUGAGUGUGGGAACACAGAUGAAGACAUUUAAAGAUGAAGAACUUACUCCCCUUCAGUUAGUUCUCAAAAAACUGGACUUGAUCAGUGAACUUACAGAGAGAGUUCGAGCACAGUGCGACAGUUGUUUCUUAUACUGGCAUCGAGCCGUCUUUCCAAUCUAUUUAGAUGAUGUCUAUGAAAAUGCAGUGGAUUCUGCUAGACUGCAUUACAUGUUUAGUGCACUACGGGACUGUGUACCUGCUAUGAUGCAUGCAAGACACUUGGAAUCUUAUGAGGUGCUUCUGGAAUGCUAUGACAAAGAAAUCAUGGAAGUGCUGAACGAGCACUUGCUGGACAAAUUGUGUAAAGAGAUAGAAAAGGACCUGCGCUUAUCAGUUCACACACACCUGAAGCUGGAUGACAGAAACCCCUUCAGAGUUGGCAUGAAGGACCUGGCUCACUUCUUCUUUCUGAACCCAAUACGUUUUUUCAAUAGGUUCAUCGACAUAAAAGCUUAUGUAACUCAUUAUUUGGACAAGACCUUCUACAACUUAACCACCGUAGCUCUUCACGACUGGGCCACCUACAGCGAGAUGAGAAACCUGGCGACGCAGCGCUAUGGUUUGAGUAUGACUGAGGCUCACCUUCCCAGCCAGACCCUGGAGCAGGGUCUGGAUGUUUUGGAAAUCAUGAGAAAUAUUCAUGUUUUUGUAUCCCGCUACCUCUACAAUCUGAAUAAUCAGAUCUUCAUUGAAAGAACAAGUAAUAACAAACACUUGAACACCAUCAAUAUCCGACACAUCGCUAAUUCAAUUCGAACUCAUGGAACAGGAAUCAUGAACACAACAGUAAAUUUCACUUACCAAUUCUUGAGAAAAAAGUUUUACAUUUUUAGCCAGUUCAUGUAUGACGAACAUAUCAAAUCCAGACUUAUCAAAGACAUCAGAUUCUUCAGGGAAGUCAAAGAUCAAAAUGAUCACAAGUAUCCCUUUGAAAGAGCCGAUAAAUUCAACCGUGGCAUCAGAAAACUUGGAAUAACCCCGGAUGGCCAGAGCUAUCUUGACCAGUUCAGACAACUCAUAAGUCAAAUUGGCAAUGCUAUGGGUUAUGUACGAAUGAUAAGAUCUGGUGGACUUCACUGCUGCAGUAGCGCCAUUAGGUUUGUUCCUGAUCUGGAAGAUAUUGUUAACUUUGAAGAGCUGGUGAAAGAAGAAGGACUCUCAGAAGAAACACAAAAAGCAGCAAGGCAGCUGGACUCUGUGCUCAGUGACCUGACCCGGAACUUUGCAGAAGGAACAGAGUACUUCAAAAUGCUGGUGGAUGUGUUUGCUCCCGAAUUCCGCAGCCCGAAGAACAUGCAUCUCCGGAACUUCUACAUCAUCGUUCCCCCCCUGACCCUCAAUUUUGUAGAGCAUUCAAUCAGUUGCAAGGAGAAAUUGAAUAAGAAGAACAAAAGUGGAGCGGCUUUCACUGAUGAUGGGUUUGCCAUGGGUGUGGCUUACAUUCUGAAGCUUUUGGAUCAGUACCAGGAGUUUGAUUCUCUGCACUGGUUCCAGUCUGUUAGAGAGAAGUAUGUGAAGGAAAUAAGAGCAGUGGCUAAGCAACAGAAUGUGCAGUCCACUAAUCAAGAUGAAAAACUGCUACAGACUAUGAACCUUACCCACAAGCGACUGGAAGUUUGUUUACAGGAAUUUGAACUCCUUUAUUUCUCACUAAGUAGUGCAAGAAUUUUUUUCAGAGCAGAUAAAACUGCAACAGAAGAAAGCCAGGAAAAGAAGGAAAAAGAAGAAGAACCCGGCAAAGCAAGCAAUGGAGAUCUUUCCAACUCUACGCCUGCAGAGCCUGUUGUGAAAUGACAUGGCUGGUCUGAUUUGCAUCCACAGAAGUAAGGAAAUCCAAGAGCCAAGACCAGAACCACAAUCAGCUCUUCCUUUUAUGACCAGACACUGUGAUGGGUGUCUGUAACUAUUAAGUGAUCUUACAGUUCAUGACUAUGUUGUGCCUAAUUGCAAGUUUCAGCCUCAAUUCUGUAUUUCCCAGCCUUUGUAGGUCUGUUGUACCGUGUGUUGUUCAUACAGUCUUACAUGCCUGAUUAUUAACAAUAAUUGCACUGCAGGCUCAGAAGCUGCUUGAACACUGUGAGAACUCUGUAUAACAUCUGUCCAUGCCUGCAAGUAGAGGUUCUAGAUUGUGCAAGAGUUACUCGGAUUCCUAACUUAAGUAGCUAGACUUAGUUUAAAAGAAAACACCACUUCUAUUAAAAUAUACAGGUGUGUUUUAAUCUCCCAGAACAUAACAUCCUUCUAGUUCUUACCAACCAGAAUAAACUACUCCAGUCAGUCCAGCUGAGACAACUACCCUUGGUUUUUUUUUUUUUUUGCACUGUUAAACUGUACUUUUAGACCAAACUUGCUUUAAUUAUUUGUUUUAAUGGUUCAAAUUGUUCACUCUUGGGUCAUUGGUUAAAACAAUUCCUGAUGUACUUUUGAUUCGCCCUUUCCUGCCAGUCACUUCAACAUUCAGACAGCAAGGAUGAAUGUUUUGUCACAACUGGAAGGACCAGACUGAUAAGAACAUUCCAUUUGUUGGUUCUGAGAACAUGACACACAAGUUUCACAGACUGUUAAAAUCAGCCGGGUUCAUUAAAGUUUUUAUUUUUAGUUCAUUAUAACUGCCCUAAAGAAUGCUGCAUUACUUGAUUUUUGCUUUUUUUACUUUGAUACUGGGUUUUGUUGUUGUUUUUUUUUUUUAAUUUGUGUACACUUUUUUUGACCAAACUGUGCCCGCACUGAACGCUCAGUAGCACUGCUGAGAUCAGCAUUCUUGCUGCUGCUUCCCGUCCUGCUGCAGCUGCUGUGCACAUCCUCCCACAUCCCCAUCUCUGCUGAAGUCACCUAAGUUCGUGGAGUGGAAUGGCCAAGUGCUACAUUUCCUUCUUCCACAGCAACAGCAGAAUCACCCAUAGACGGUGUUCCUUUCCCCAGGAUGGCCUUGCUAGGGAGCUGUGUACAGUCAAGACACAGCCCACACUCUAGUCUGCACUUGAAUUUUCCCAUGUCUCCAUUUUUUUUUUUUUUUUUCUUUUGGAAAGACAUUAUCUUGCUAAGGUAAGACUUUGCAGUUGAACAUAAUGUGAACUGAGCACUGUCUUCAUGCACGGUGGUUAACAAAUUCACGUGGUUCUGGUGAUGGAAAUUCUAGAGGAAAAACAUAGCCUAUUUUUAUAGAUGCCUGUUUAAGCUGGGAGAACUGAAUGUAUACUCUAUGUGGCAAAAAUAUAUACAUACAUAAAUCUGUACAGUGAUAAUAGAGCUAUUCUUGCUAAUACAGGACUGUAGUUUGUAUUUCCUUCUUUGUCAUGUAGCAGCAUAGACACGCAGAAAGAUUUUUCUCAUUUGAAAUCCAAGGUGGGUCCCGGGUUUGGAUGUCACAUGUGACACUGAGUUGCAUUAAAUCCUUUUUUCUCCCCUCAAAGACAGGGAAGGGGAGCAAAACUCAUGCUGUGGUGCUACUAGUCUUUCUGUUGCUUUUGGCCUCCUGUUGCAAUUACAGGAACCAAAUGGACCCUAACUGGUUGUCUGGAGAUGAGACAAUGGAGCUAAAACAAUCCCCUAAACCAAACCAAACGUGCUCACUCAGAAAUUCCCAGGGGUGACAGAAGUGAGGAUGAUGAAUUUGCUGCAGGGACAUAAAACAGGUCUAGGGUUUUUUUCCUUCAGGGCAGGGUUGAAGCAGGCUGUGAAGGCCAGAGUCUCACCCCGGCACGCAGCAGCCACCACUGCCCUCAGGUGUUCAGCCUUGUGCCAAGGCUGCUGGAGGUGGCGGCAGCUGCUCUCCCAGGGGCUGUGGACACCCAGCUCCCUGUCAGCCCUGCCACCAAGGGUUUGCAUGGCUCCAGCAGCACCCAGCUGCUGCAAACUCCCGGUGCUGAAGGGCACAUUCUGCAGGUCCUAAUGCAGCCUGGAACCAGAAGGAAAUUUGACUUGCAUCAGACGUCCAUCAGCAGCUGUUUUCAGCUUCUCAGGUACAAAGGACCAAAUGUAAUACUUAAUGUUUCCUAACUCAUUGUACAAAAGGGUAUUUUGUUACUCCAGUCUCUUUGGUUUGUGAGUAGAGAACAUUAUGUACAUAAAACUGUGUUAAUAAAUGCAAUUUUGAGAACAUCA